AACUCGAAGUUCAAGAAAAUGUAAAGAAUUUUUUCUUCUGUAGUUUACAUUUAUUCAUUCCAGGGUUAUUUGAUGUUAUUUCAAAGGGUGAUGGAGAGUGUGAAACAUGAUAAUACUUAUUAAAUAUCAAUUUAGAUAAGGUCAGAGAAGGGGUCAGUGGAAAAAUUAUCAAAAAUAAACGAAAAGAAAAAAUCUUUAAUGUGAAACAAAAUUCCUUCUGAGUUUAGAACGCAAUCGGAACUGGAACGUUCACUUUCGCACACCAUCCCACUUUGAAGCAUCCCAAGAGAUAUUAAAUUCUACAAUAAAAAAAAGAAACGUUUCUAAAGAAGGUAAAUAGAAAUUGGAAUUAUUAAGGUGCUUGGUUGUUUGAUGAAUUGAAACUGGAGGUGCAAAAAGUUUAUUAAAAACUUCAGCUUGGACAAAUCUCAAUUCACAUUAAGAGACGAUAAUCAUUCAACAAAAAUUGCUUUCCACGCGUCGAGAAAGAAAGUUAUUUGGAGAAGGAGCAUUCAAAAUCAAAGGCCGCCAACCUGGAACUGAUGGAAUUAGAAAAUAUUGUGGCCAAUACGGUCUACCUCAAAGCCAGAGAAGGUGGCUCUGACAGCAACAAAGGGAAAAGUAAAAAGUGGCGUAAAAUUCUCCAAUUUCCACACAUAUCUCAAUGCAUAGAUCUCAAGAAUAAAAUAGAUGUAAGCUAUGAUUAUGUAGUCGACCAGCAGCCCAUUGGUAAAGUACUUUUCCGACAAUUCUGUGAAAACAAUCGGCCAGAGUUCCACAGAUAUGUUUUAUUUCUCGAGAGCGUAUCAAGGUAUGAAGUGGAAUCAGAUGAGAAUAGAAAAAUAAUGGUAAUUGAUAUCGGACGACGUUUCAUGGGAAUUGAUGUUGACAUCAAAGAACAUGAUGAGAACAACGAGAAAACAGAGCUUAACAGCCUCAACAAUCAAAAUAAUGUUGUUUCAUCACCGAAGCAUAUUCAAAGUAAUGAGAAAAGUGAAGGUCAAUCAGAGAGCGAUUUCGUUAUCGAUAUAUUAAAUGAUGAACUUAUUUCGCAAGUGAAGCAGAAGAUUCAGAAUUCUCCUAAAGAGCUUUUCGAGUCAUGCUUUCAUGCAGUUAAAAACUACUUGGCUGGUGAACCGUUUAGAGAGUUUGAAACGUCAAUGUUCUUUCAUCGCUAUCUUCAAUGGAAAUGGCUUGAAGCCCAACCAAUAACUUAUAAAACAUUUCGAAUGUAUCGUGUUUUGGGAAAAGGUGGAUUUGGCGAAGUUUGUGCCUGUCAGCCACAUGCUGUUUAUGCGAAAGACGUUCUCGAUAUUGAGCAGUUUUCAACAGUGAAAGGUGUCAAUCUUGAUGCUACUGAUGAAAAUUUUUAUUCUAAAUUUAACACCGGAUCAGUCUCAAUUCCAUGGCAGAAUGAAAUGAUUGAGACAGACUGUUUGCGUGAGUUGAAUGUCUUCGGUACGAGUGAUAAUCCAACGCCCGAUCUGCUUAUAAAUGCACCACCGAUUGACGAGAAGCCUGGAUGUUUUCCAUUUAGACGAAAGAAAAAGCAACUGCCUCGAACAAAGCCAAUUCCCUUUCCUGAACAUCUUUUGACGUCUAGUCAAUCAACAACCAUAAACGCAUCGAAUGAAAGCUGAUAAACUGAUCAAAACAAUAAUCAGCUUGUAAUUUCAUUUAUUAUUUGUUGUUUCAAACAAGAUUAGCUUCCCCUUUCUGACGAAGAAAAAAUGAAUCAGAUUGAAAUAAGGAUAACAAAUGAAAUCAUAAAUACAAGCAAACAACUGGAACUAGGAAUUCUCAAUUCUACAGAAAUUUUUUUUAUUAUUUUAUCGAAUAAAUUCGAAUCUUUUUAUUUAACUUUUCUUUCUUUAUUUUGUACUACGAAGUUUUGAAUAGAUAACAAAGAAAAUUCAAAAUAAGAAAAGAGAAGAAGAAAUGUGUCGGCAAAUCUCUGAUAUUGAAUCACAAGUAAACAAAUGUAAGAGUAUUAGCAAGAAAAAGAAAAAUCAAUGUUUAAAUUUGAUUUAAAAUUAAAUCUGAUUCAAGCCAUUUAUAGUUAUUAAAAAUUAAAAAUAAUAAUCACGAUAAACUAAAGUAGGUUAAACGAAGGUGAAAAUGUUUCUCAUAUUUUUACAAUCUUGAAGAUUAAUUGACUUAGCGAUAACUUAUACAAAUAAUUUAUAAUUUUUUAUUUUGUACGAAUAUAUUGCUUUGAAGCCAAAUGUUUUUUAAGUAUAUUUUAAAUGAAAUGCAGAAUCAAGAUUUAAACCACAUCUUUCUCAUGAUGAAAGCUCAUAAAUUAUCAAUAGAAAAUAGUCGAAAGCUUUUCGCUUAUUACGUCGAAAGUUCAUGAAAAUUAUGUAACGUUGCGUACGUAAAAGUUUAACAUACGUCGAAUGACGAACGUAGAACUUCCGUAAAUAUUUGAACGUAACAAUAUCUUAUGUUACGUCGUCGGUUGCGUUAAAAGCUUUUACGUAUUCAAAGCUUCACAAUUUAUAUGAAAUUUUCAUUAAAAUCCUCAUAGAAAACUCCAAUAAAUGUAAGAUUUAAACACAGAAGGAUUUUUGAUCAUUUAAUAAUUUUGAAAUCCAAUAAUUAUUACAUUUUCCUCAAACGCAUUCAUAUAUGAUUCAAGAUUGGUGCAACAGUUGUCCUGGCGCCAAGAAGCUUUUUUUUAUUUCCUUUCUAGUCAUUAUCAUUCGAACAACAGUAGUUCGAAUAGCUUACAAUAUAAAGCUGACGCUGUUGAAUUCAAAUGAACCACAAAAUUAUGUUCACAAUCAAAUAACAUUCCAGAAGUUCCGAAAGAAUAUUUGAAAAAUUACAUUUUUUUAUUCAUAAAAUUGCAACAAGGAAAAGAAUCAGUUUUUGGUAUCGUUUAAUCUCUUGAUUAAUGUGACAUAGGAGAAGUGAAAGAAGAAAAAAAUAAUACAUAAAUAUUUGAUAUUCAGCACAAGUUGCAUAAUAAUAAUAAUAAAAAUAAUAAUAAUAAUAUUGAAAUAUAAUAAUAAAUAAAAAGAAUAAUAAUAAUGGAUAAAGAAUAAUCAUCAUCAUCAUCAUCAGCAUCUCUACUCGUCUAAUACAGAGAGAUUAUCUAAACCAU